AUGGAUUCCACCGUGAAUCCUCCGUCUUUAGAAGAUUUAGUAUCAAACGCCUAUUUUCCGAUGAAGAAAAAUGUGACGAUGGAGUCAUUGAGUGGGAAACCUCUGUCCUCCUCUACUAGGGUUGCUGCAAAAGGCUUGUUAAAAAGGAAAAUUGGUUCAGAAAAAAUGGUUCCUCCUACAUCUUUUGAGUCCAACGACCCUGUAGAGACCCAUACAUCCUCUGCUCUUCAUGACUGUCCUGUGAUCAUUGACCAUGGGCUAAAACAUGUUGAGGAUAAUACCCCCUUAUUGAAAUCUGAUGUUCAUUCUAUUAAAUUUUAUUCCACUUCCUCAAGCCAAAUGGAAGUCCCCCUUAUCGUUGCUAUUUCAUCUAAGGGUCUAAUUGGCAUAGAGGUAUCUCAUCCUUUUUCAAGAGGUUCUAUUACCUCUGCUUUGUCUGCUGCUGAGAUUUUUUGCCAAAAGUUAUUUGGGGAAAAACUUGGUCAUUUUCAGGCCACUACUAUGGAAGCUACUGUUGUUAUUGCGAAUCCUUUAAAAUGGAAUCUGAUAUCCUUGGGUCUUCGUUGA